AUGAUGUCUGUGGUCAUCUUAGCACUCAUAGUUUUAAGUAGUUUUUCGCUAGCUUCGAGUAGUAGAAAUAGACCAGGAGAUUUGGAUGAAAUUCUUUAUUUACCAGGCGCUUGGCCACAACCGAAUUUCAAGCAGUUCUCUGGAUAUCUCCAUGGGUCAUCUGAUAAGGUCAAUAUUCAUUACUGGCUUGUCGAAGCUGCUUCGUCACCGGCGUCAGCUCCCUUAAUUGUAUGGUUAAACGGUGGGCCAGGAUGUUCUUCAUUAGAAGGUUUACUUACUGAAAAUGGUCCUUACCUCCUCCAGGAAGGACCUCGUCUCGUGGAAAAUCCAUACUCCUGGAAUAAAAUUGCUAAUGUUUUGUACCUAGAGGCCCCAGCUGGUGUGGGAUUCUCUUAUUCUACUGCUCCAUCUCAAACAUGGGAUGAUGAUCGAACUGCUUUAGACAAUUAUCAUGCAUUGCUUCAUUUCCUGAAAAAGUUCCCCGAAUAUGAAGGACGUCGUCUAUUUGUUACUGGUGAAAGUUACGCCGGUGUUUACGUGCCAACAUUAAGUCUACUUCUUUUAAAUUCAUCAAGAUUCGACUUCAAGGCCAUUGCUGUUGGGAAUGGAUUGAUUAAUUACAGAUUCAAUGAUAAUUCUCUUUUGUAUUUUAUUAAUUAUCAUGGUUUGAUUGGUGAAAAUUCAUGGAAUGAUUUAAAUAAUAAAUGUUGCGAAGAUAAAUGCUCAACCGUUUGUAUGUUCACGGAUAAUGAAUCACCUGAAUGUCAACGGAUUGUUAGUCAACUAUAUGAAACUUCUAUGAAGGGAUUAAAUGAGUAUAAUUUAUAUUCUGAAUGUGCUGGUGGUGCUGAAAUGUCAUCUUUCAAUUAUAAUCGUUCAUCAAUGUCUAUAUCUGAGUUUUCUUCCAUUCUGGCAACAUCUAAGCAAUUUAUUCAUCACGAUUUCGGUAAUCUGUUUCGUGAUAAUGUCUAUCUGAAAUAUCGCCGUUACGCUAAUUCUUUAAUACGUCAUAAUCUGACUACUCGUUUAGUUGUACCAUGUGUAGAUGAUACAGUGAUUCGUAGUUAUUUAAAUUCACCAAUAGUACGUCGAUUUAUCAAUGUAAGACUUGAUUUACCGAAAGAAUGGGAUCUUUGCAGUGAAACAGUUAACCUCAAUUAUGUUCGAAUUUAUCAUGAUCUUACAGAGCAGUAUAUGAAAUUACUUAAAUCCAAGAUUGUUAUUUUAAUAUAUAAUGGUGAUAUUGAUAUGGCAUGUAAUUAUUUUGGGGAUGAAUGGUUUGUGGAUAAUUUAAAUCUAACGACCAUAUCUCCCCGUUCACCCUGGUUAUAUGUUGAGAAAGACGGUACUAAACAGAUCGGCGGAUACUGGAAAUUGCUAUCAGACAAUGAAUCGAGUUUGGUGUAUACCACUGUACGAGGUGCAGGACAUAUGGUGCCACGAGAUAAACCUGCUGCAACGUUUCACAUGAUUCGUCUGUUCAUUGACUUCAAACCUUUUUAA